CUUGGUUUUCUGGUCCUGUCGUCUUUCUCUUCCGCCAGCUACUACUGCACCGGACUUCCACGCCAGGGCUCUCCGAUCCAUACAUAUCUUCUGGAACCUCUUCUGCGGACUCCGAACGACGACCGCCAUGGCGGAGAAGCCAGCAGUUCUCAUAAUCGGUGGCUUGGGUUACAUCGGGCGCUUCCUGGCUCUGCACAUUCAUCAGAAUGAUCUGGCGUCUGAGGUCCGGAUCGUAGAUAAAGUGUUGCCGCAAUUGGCAUGGUUGGCGCCCGAGUUCAAGGAGGCAUGUUCGACCGACAAGUUCAUGCAAGCAGAUGCGAGUAAAGAACAAUCUCUCGCCCGUAUUUUCGAUCGCGCGAACGGCAAGCAAUGGGACUAUGUAUUCAACUGCGGCGGCGAGACACGGUAUUCACAAGAGGAUGAGGUCUACAAAGUGCGCUCGCUGGCCUUGAGUGUAGCAGUGGGCACCGAGGCGGCGAAGAGGGGUGUCAAGGCCUUUAUCGAAUUGAGCAGCGGGAUGGUAUAUAAGCCGGACUCGCAGCCGAGCAAGGAGGAGGACAAAGUGAAGCCCUGGAGCAAGAUUGCCGUGUUCAAAUUGCAGGCGGAGGAGCAAUUAUCAAAAAUCGAGGGACUCAACCUCAUCAUCGUCCGUCUCGCACACGUCUAUGGCCAAUACUCCUCGCAAUUCAUCGCAACUGCCCUCUCGCUCGCCCGCGUCUACCAACAUCUCCAGGAGGAGAUGAAAUGGCUCUGGACCAAAGAUCUACGAGUGAACACCGUGCACAUAACUGACGUGACGCGGGCGCUCUGGGCCAUCGCAGACUGGUACGCUGUCCAGAAGCAGCCGAACUACGAUGCGGAAACCAUGGGCAAGGUCCCUAUCUUCAACGUAGUCGACAAGGGCCAGACGUCGCAGGGCACGAUGGCCGAGAUCAUCGGCCAGAUCUUUGGCAUCGAGACAGGUUUCCAGGGGCAGCUGGUCAGCACCUUUGCACGGCUGAACAUGGACAGCGUGGUGGAUGAUGUCAACGACGAGGUGCUGGGCCCGUGGGCCGAACUACUCGAAGAUGCGGGUAUCACGCGGCCCGGGCCUCUCAUCCCGUUCAUGGAGAAGGAGCUGCUGAAAGAUACAGAUCUGAGCAUGGAUGGCAGCCGGCUCGAGAAGGUCGUCGGCUUCACCUACAACAAGCCCACGAUCACCAAGGAGCUGGUGCAGGAGAUGAUCGACUCCUACAUACGAAUUGGAUGGUGGCCUGUUGCCAAGUAGGUAAGGGGCGGCAGAGAGGCCCUGGAUAGGGAGAGGCGGACCAUCUCGCUGAGAGCAGGAAUUUACAAAAGCGCAUAGCAUGGCACGAACGAACAAACAAGACGGCCUUUUAUACAAAAUUAAGCACGCAGAACCAAACAACCCCGAGAGAUACGAACGAUUAACGAUGAUGAGCAACGGACGCAAAGCAUUGAUUGAUACCAUCACCGCCCCGCGGAAACACUCCCCCUAUUUUUCCUUUCCCUCCAUUCUUGGAAUACGCCUUUUCUUGCAUUGCGGUGGAGAUAAGCCGGGCUGUACUUGUAUCUACGGCUGUUUCUCUUGCUUGUAUACUAGAUUACGAACGAACGCAUGGCGUGUCUAUGGUUCACACAAGUCAAAAUCACUUAAUUACUACCCCCUUUUGUAUUCUUGGACAUCAGAUU